CCAGGCUCCCAGACCUCGAGGGCCCUGGACUCCGCCUCCUGGGGGAAGGCCCUGGAGUGGGGAGCGGAGGGGAAGGGAGGGCGGCAGUGCCCUCGGACAGCUGCCCUGGGCAGGAAAGAAGGGAGAGACUGAGCAGGGGACAGUCACACAGUGAAAGCCCGAAAGACCCAGAGAGACCCCCAGAGCAAGCCUCGGAGCAAGACAGAGGGAGAGGAGAGGGGACAGGUUGUCCCAGCCCAGUGACCCCAGUCUCCUGAGCCCUCAGUGCAAGUGGCAGCUGCACCCAGGCUGGUGGGCAGCUGGGACCCAGAACCGUGUCUGGCCAGGAGGCAGCAGGAGCACCUGACGAAGGACGAUGGUGAUUCUUCAGCAGGGGGACUACGUCUGGAUGGACCUGCGGUCUGGGCAGGAGUUUGAUGUGCCCAUUGGGGCAGUGGUGAAGCUCUGCGAUUCUGGGCAGAUCCAGGUGGUGGAUGAUGAAGGCAAUGAACACUGGAUCUCCCCACAGAAUGCCACGCACAUCAAGCCCAUGCACCCCACGUCGGUCCACGGCGUGCAGGACAUGAUCCGCCUGGGGGAUCUCAAUGAGGCUGGCAUCUUGCGCAACCUGCUCAUCCGCUACCGGGACCACCUCAUCUACACCUACACGGGCUCUAUCCUGGUGGCUGUGAAUCCCUACCAGUUGCUCUCCAUCUACUCGCCCGAGCACAUCCGCCAGUAUACCAACAAGAAGAUCGGGGAGAUGCCCCCCCACAUCUUUGCCAUUGCUGACAACUGCUACUUCAACAUGAAACGCAACAGCCGUAACCAGUGCUGCAUCAUCAGUGGGGAGUCUGGGGCAGGGAAGACAGAGAGCACGAAGUUGAUCCUGCAGUUCCUGGCUGCCAUCAGUGGGCAGCACUCCUGGAUCGAGCAGCAGGUUCUAGAAGCCACCCCCAUCCUGGAAGCAUUUGGGAAUGCCAAGACCAUCCGCAACGACAACUCAAGCCGCUUCGGGAAGUACAUCGACAUCCACUUCAACAAGCGUGGUGCCAUCGAGGGCGCCAAGAUCGAGCAGUACCUGCUGGAGAAGUCACGCGUCUGUCGCCAGGCCCCUGAUGAAAGGAAUUACCAUGUGUUCUACUGCAUGCUGGAGGGCAUGAGUGAGGAUCAGAAGGAGAGACUGGGCCUGGGCCAGGCCGCCGACUAUAACUACUUGGCUAUGGGUAACUGCAUAACGUGUGAGGGCCGGGAGGACAGCCAGGAAUACGCCAACAUCCGCUCCGCCAUGAAGGUGCUCAUGUUCACCGCCACGGAGAACUGGGAGAUCUCGAAGCUCCUGGCCGCCAUCCUGCACCUGGGCAACCUGCAGUAUGAGGCCUGCACGUUUGAAAACCUGGAUGCCUGUGAGGUCCUCUUCUCCCCAUCCCUGGCCACAGCCGCAUCCCUGCUCGAGGUGAACCCCCCAGACCUGAUGAACUGCCUGACCAGCCGCACCCUCAUCACCCGCGGGGAGACGGUGUCCACCCCGCUCAGUAGGGAGCAGGCGCUGGAUGUGAGAGACGCCUUCGUCAAGGGGAUCUACGGGCGGCUCUUCGUGUGGAUUGUGGACAAGAUCAAUGCGGCGAUUUACAAGCCCCCCUCCCAUGACAUGAAGAGCUCUCGCCGGUCCAUCGGCCUCCUGGACAUCUUCGGGUUUGAGAACUUUGCUGUGAACAGUUUUGAGCAGCUCUGUAUCAACUUCGCCAAUGAGCACCUGCAGCAGUUCUUCGUGCGGCACGUGUUCAAGCUGGAGCAGGAGGAGUACGACCUGGAGAGCAUCGACUGGCUGCACAUCGAGUUCACCGACAACCAGGAUGCCCUGGACAUGAUCGCCAACAAGCCCAUGAACAUCAUCUCCCUCAUCGACGAGGAGAGCAAAUUCCCCAAGGGCACCGACACCACCAUGUUGCAUAAGUUGAAUUCUAAGCACAAGCUCAACUCCAACUACGUUUCCCCCAAGAACAACCACGAGACCCAGUUUGGGAUCAACCACUUUGCAGGUGUCGUCUACUAUGAGAGCCGAGGCUUUCUGGAGAAGAACCGGGACACCCUGCACGGGGACAUCAUCCAGCUGGUCCACUCCUCCAGGAACAAGUUCAUCAAGCAGAUCUUCCAGGCCGACGUCGCCAUGUUUCUCUGUGGUUAUUCAUCGGGCACUCUCCGCCAGUCAGCAGCUUCUACGAAGGGCGCCGAGACCAGGAAGCGCUCGCCCACGCUAAGCAGCCAGUUCAAGCGGUCGCUGGAGCUGCUGAUGCGCACGCUGGGUGCCUGCCAGCCCUUCUUUGUGCGCUGCAUCAAGCCCAAUGAGCUCAAGAAGCCCAUGCUGUUCGACCGGCACCUGUGUGUGCGCCAGCUGCGGUACUCGGGGAUGAUGGAGACCAUCCGAAUCCGCAGAGCCGGCUACCCCAUCCGCUACAGCUUUGUAGAGUUUGUGGAGCGGUACCGUGUGCUGCUGCCUGGCGUGAAGCCAGCCUACAAGCAGGGUGACCUUCGGGGGACUUGCCAGCGCAUGGCUGAAGCUGUGCUGGGAACCCACGAUGACUGGCAGAUUGGCAAGACCAAGAUCUUCCUGAAGGACCACCAUGACAUGCUGUUAGAGGUAGAGCGGGACAAGGCCAUCACCGACAGAGUCAUCCUCCUCCAGAAGGUCAUCCGGGGCUUCAAAGACAGGCACCUGCUGUUCGUGUGGUCUCUGUCCUCUGUCAGGUCAAAGGUGACUGUCAUCCUACAGAAGCUGCCAGGCAUAUGCAGGGGACAGCAUUGCACUCACAGUCGGAAGAUGUCCAACUUCCUAAAGCUGAAGAAUGCUGCCACGCUGAUCCAGAGGCAUUGGCGGGGCCACAAGUGCAGGAGGAACUACGGGCUGAUGCGGCUGGGCUUCCUGCGGCUGCAGGCCCUGCACCGCUCCCAGAAGCUGCACCGCCAGUAUCGCCUGGCCCGCCGGUGCAUCAUACAGUUCCAGGCCCACUGCCGUGCCUACCUGGUGCGUAAGGCCUUCCGCCACCGCCUGUGGGCCGUGCUCACCGUGCAGGCCUACGCCCGGGGCAUGAUCGCCCGCAGGCUGCACCGGCGCCUCAGGGCUGAGUACUUGCGGCGCCUGGAGGCCGAGAAAAUGCGGCUAGCGGAGGAGGAGAAGCUCCGGAAGGAGAUGAGCGCUAAGAAAGCCAAGGAGGAGGCCGAACGCAAGCAUCAGGAGCGCCUGGCCCAAUUGGCCCGUGAGGAUGCGGAGCGGGAGCUGAAGGAGAAGGAGGAGGCUCGGCGGAAGAAGGAGCUCCUAGAGCAGAUGGAGAGGGCCCGCCAUGAGCCCAUCAAUCACUCAGACAUGGUGGACAAGAUGUUUGGCUUCCUGGGGACUUCAGGUGGCCUGCCAGGCCAGGAGGGCCAAGCACCUAGUGGCUUUGAGGACCUGGAGCGCGGGCGGAGGGAGAUGGUGGAGGAGGACUUGGAUGCAGCCCUGCCCCUGCCCGAUGAGGACGAGGAGGAUCUCUCAGAGUAUAAAUUCGCCAAGUUCGCUGCCACCUACUUCCAGGGCACGACCACACACACAUACACGCGGCGGCCACUCAAGCAGCCGCUGCUGUACCAUGACGAUGAGGGCAACCAGUUGGCAGCCCUGGCCGUCUGGAUCACUAUCCUCCGGUUCAUGGGCGACCUCCCUGAGCCCAAGUACCACACGGCCAUGAGUGAUGGCAGUGAGAAGAUCCCUGUGAUGACCAAGAUUUAUGAGACCCUGGGCAAGAAGACGUACAAGAGGGAGCUGCAGGCCCUGCAGGGCGAAGGGGAGGCCCAGCUCCCCGAAGGGCAGAAGAAGAGUAGCGUGAGGCACAAGCUGGUGCACUUGACGCUGAAGAAGAAGUCCAAGCUGACAGAGGAGGUGACCAAGCGGCUACACGAUGGGGAGUCCAUGGUGCAGGGCAACAGCAUGCUGGAGGACCGGCCCACCUCGAACCUGGAGAAGCUGCACUUCAUCAUUGGCAAUGGCAUCCUCCGGCCAGCACUCCGGGAUGAGAUCUACUGCCAGAUCAGCAAGCAGCUCACUCACAAUCCCUCCAAGAGCAGCUACGCGCGGGGCUGGAUCCUCGUGUCUCUCUGCGUGGGCUGCUUCGCCCCCUCUGAGAAGUUCCUUAAGUACCUGCGGAACUUCAUCCACGGGGGGCCGCCUGGCUACGCUCCAUACUGUGAGGAGCGGCUCAGGAGGACCUUCGUCAAUGGGACACGCACACAGCCACCCAGCUGGCUGGAACUGCAGGCCACCAAGUCCAAGAAGCCCAUCAUGUUGCCCGUGACAUUCAUGGACGGGACCACCAAAACCCUGCUGACAGACUCGGCGACCACGGCUAAGGAGCUCUGCAAUGCGCUGGCUGACAAGAUCUCGCUCAAGGACCGCUUUGGGUUUUCCCUCUACAUUGCCCUGUUUGAUAAGGUGUCUUCCCUGGGCAGUGGCAGUGACCACGUCAUGGAUGCCAUCUCCCAAUGUGAGCAGUAUGCCAAGGAGCAGGGUGCCCAGGAGCGCAAUGCCCCAUGGAGACUCUUCUUCCGCAAAGAGGUCUUUACCCCCUGGCACAACCCCUCAGAAGACAAUGUGGCCACCAACCUCAUCUACCAGCAGGUGGUGCGAGGGGUCAAGUUUGGGGAGUACAGAUGUGAAAAGGAGGACGACCUGGCCGAGCUGGCCUCCCAGCAGUACUUCGUGGACUAUGGUUCUGAGAUGAUCCUGGAGCGCCUCCUGAGCCUCGUGCCCACCUACAUUCCCGACCGUGAGAUCACACCCCUGAAGACGCUUGAGAAGUGGGCCCAGCUGGCCGUGGCUGCCCACAAGAAGGGAAUUUAUGCCCAGAGGAGAACAGAUGCCCAGAAGGUCAAAGAGGAUGUGGUCAACUAUGCCCGCUUCAAGUGGCCAUUGCUCUUCUCCAGGUUUUAUGAAGCCUUUAAAUUCUCAGGCCCCAGCCUCCCCAAGAAUGACGUCAUUGUGGCCGUCAACUGGACGGGCGUCUAUUUCGUGGACGAGCAGGAGCAGGUGCUCCUGGAGCUGUCCUUCCCCGAGAUCAUGGCUGUGUCCAGCAGCAGGGGAGCGAAACUGGUAGCCCCCAGCUUCACGCUGGCCACCAUCAAGGGGGAUGAGUACACCUUCACCUCCAGUAACGCCGAGGACAUCCGUGACCUAGUGGUCACCUUUCUGGAGGGGCUCCGGAAGAGAUCUAAGUAUGUGGUAGCCCUGCAGGACAACCCCAACCCUGCGGGUGAGGAGUCAGGCUUCCUCAGCUUUGCCAAGGGAGACCUCAUCAUCCUGGACCACGACACAGGCGAGCAGGUCAUGAACUCAGGCUGGGCCAAUGGCAUUAAUGAGAGGACCAAGCAGCACGGGGACUUCCCCACUGACUGUGUGUAUGUCAUGCCCACUGUCACCAUGCCACCGCAGGAGAUUGUGGCCCUGGUCACCAUGACCCCUGACCAGAGGCAGGACGUCAUCCGGCUCUUGCAGCUGCGAACCGCGGAGCCCGAGGUGCGCGCCAAGCCCUACACGCUGGAGGAGUUUUCCUACGACUACUUCAGGCCCCCACCCAAGCACACGCUGAGCCGGGUGAUGGUGUCCAAGGCCCGCGGCAAGGACCGGCUGUGGAGCCACACGCGGGAGCCACUCAAGCAGGCGCUGCUCAAGAAGAUCCUGGGUAGCGAGGAGCUCUCACAGGAGGCCUGCAUGGCCUUCGUCGCCACGCUCAAGUACAUGGGCGACUACCCGUCCAAGAGGAUGCGCUCCGUCAACGAGCUCACUGACCAGAUCUUUGAGGGUGCCCUGAGGGCUGAGCCCCUCAAGGACGAGGUGUACGCGCAGAUCCUGAAGCAGCUGACUGACAACCACAUCAGGUAUAGCGAGGAGCGGGGCUGGGAGCUGCUCUGGCUGUGCACCGGCCUCUUCCCUCCAAGCAACGUCCUCCUACCCCACGUGCAGCGCUUCCUGCAGUCCCGCAAGCACUGCCCCCUGGCCGUCGACUGCCUGCAGCGGCUCCAGAAAGCCUUGAGAAAUGGGUCCCGGAAGUACCCCCCACACCUGGUGGAGGUGGAGGCCAUCCAACACAAAACCACCCAGAUUUUCCACAAGGUCUACUUUCCUGAUGACACUGAUGAGGCUUUCGAGGUGGAGUCCAGCACUAAGGCCAAGGACUUCUGCCAGAACAUCGCAGCCAGGCUGCUCCUCAAGUCCUCCGAGGGAUUCAGCCUCUUUGUGAAAAUCGCAGACAAGGUCAUCAGUGUCCCUGAGAACGACUUCUUCUUCGACUUCGUUCGACACCUGACAGACUGGAUAAAGAAAGCGCGGCCCGUCAAGGACGGGAUGGUGCCCUCGCUCACCUACCAGGUGUUCUUCAUGAAGAAGCUGUGGACCACCACGGUGCCAGGGAAGGACCCCAUGGCCGAUUCCAUCUUCCACUAUUACCAGGAGUUGCCCAAGUAUCUCCGAGGCUACCACAGGUGCACGAGGGAGGAGGUGCUGCAGCUGGGAGCACUCAUCUACAGGGUCAAGUUUGAGGAGGACAAGUCCUACUUCCCCAGUAUCCCCAAGCUGCUCCGGGAGCUGGUGCCUCAGGACCUCAUCCGGCAGGUCUCACCUGAUGACUGGAAGCGGUCCAUCGUUGCCUACUUCAACAAGCACGCAGGGAAGUCCAAGGAGGAGGCCAAGCUGGCCUUCCUGAAGCUCAUCUUCAAGUGGCCCACCUUUGGCUCAGCCUUCUUCGAAGUGAAGCAAACUACAGAGCCAAACUUCCCUGAGAUCCUCUUAAUCGCCAUCAACAAGUAUGGGGUCAGCCUCAUCGACCCCAGGUCCAAGGACAUCCUGACCACUCACCCCUUUACCAAGAUCUCCAACUGGAGCAGUGGCAACACGUACUUCCACAUCACCAUCGGGAACCUGGUGCGCGGGAGCAAGCUGCUCUGUGAGACGUCCCUGGGAUACAAGAUGGAUGACCUCCUGACUUCCUACAUUAGCCAGAUGCUCACGGCCAUGAGCAGGCAGCGGGGCUCCAGGAGCGGCAAGUGACCAGUAGGCAGGUGGCGCUGGCUCCAUGCCUGCUCUCCAGCCAGCCGCUGGGGGAAGACCUUUGCUAUCUGGGCAGGGAGGCUGGGCAGCCGGCCACCACUGACUGUACCAACUUGGCCUCGACCUUCUUCCAGUGAGGCAGCCUCUCUGGGAUGCAGAACUCCCCUCCACCACACCCUGAGGCUCCUGGGCUGGUUCCAGUCCGGGCUUGCUGUGGCCUUCCCAGCUGUAAGCCUGUGUUCCUUGCAUGCCUUUCUUAUCUCAGACCAGCCCUACCAUGAGACCUCCUUGGAGUUUCUGUGUACUCCAGGGACAGGGAAUCAAGAGAACCACCUAGUUCUCCAUACUUGUAACAACCAAACCAAGAAUAUUCUGAAACCUAAGGGACUGGUUUAAUUCCUGUAAGUUUGGGAUCCUCAGCUGAGGUGAAGGAGACAGACCAUUUAUAUAUAUUGCUGUGUGAGUGCGAGGCCCCUGCUCCAAUCUCCCCUGACCACAUUAGGGCAUAAAGCGUAUGUUUCAUCUUCUG